ACGAGUAAAUCAUACGAUUUUCAAUGUAUUUACUUUCAGAAAUAUGCAAUUGCAUAUUGGGCGCUAUUUCCUGUGAUGCUGACGAUAUUGGGCUUGAAUUCGCUCGUAUUCCUAAAGGACGGUGAACAAGUCAGCAUGGGUAUCAGGCUACUCUACGCAUUGUUCGUGAAGCCAGUUUGGGGUCUAUUGAUGGCUGCUUUUAUAUUCGGCAUGAUAUGUAAAGUGGAAAAUGUGUAUCGACGCAUACUGGAGUGGCCCGGCUGGGUGUCACUAGUGAGACUUACUUACUGCUCAUACAACGUGCAUAUGCUUCUCAUCCGUUACGGCUUCGGCGCCGACACACAACUAUACUUUCUAUCUGACUUGCAUAUGCUUAUCACAACUUUCGGAUUCAUCGUGCUGACUUUCAUCCUAUCAACAGUAAUGUGGUUGUGUGUGGAGCAGCCUAGCAACAAUCUGAUCAAGAAGUUAGGCAAAAAGUCAAUUUUAGAUAGUGAAGCUGGGGUUAAGAAAAUAGAAUAAUAUUUAAAAACGUUAUCUAUUAAUUUUAUUGCUGAAUGUAAAAACUAGAAAAUCAAGAAAAAGGUGCUCUUACGGUAUUCAUGUAUCUUUGUUAUUGAUAAUAUUAUAGACGGUUUAUCAAGAGAUUGUUUUAUUUACUAUGAUAACGAUAACAAUUAUGUUCUCAAUAAAUUACCAAGUCAUAUUUAUAUA